UAUGAACGUGGAGGAGUCUUCUUACAUUGUAGAGUUGACUCACUUAGCUGACCACUUUCAUCGUGGUUGAAACGGGAUCAACACGAGGUAAUAAGAAUAGCAAAUUGCGGCGUAGUUUCCAGGAGGUAUUAAAAACACAAAAUCAUGGCCAAAUCACUGCGUAGCAAGUGGAGGAGAAAGUGUCGAGCUGUCAAGCGAGUACGAUAUGGAGAAAAAGAGCUCGCUAGACUAAAGAAGACCCUUGGCAUCGACGAGAAUGCCCCUGUGGAUGCUGAGAUGAGCGAGAUUCAAGAGAUCGCUACCGUGACAGACGCAAAGGAAAUAAAAGAAAAGGCUGCUGCCAAGGAGAAACAGAAAACCGAAACUGCUGAAGACACAAUGGAAGUGGAAGGUGCCCGAGUGUUUAAUAAAAGAACAAUGCGUGAUCAGCAUGGAAACUACCCGGUAUGGAUGAGCAGGCGUAAAAUUACCAAGCACAAGCACGCCAGAACUAAGGGAAAGAAUGCACCGACGAAACAAACCAAGAAGAAAACUAAAAAACCACGAAACAAGGGAAAGAAAUAAUUGAAUUAUAGACUUAAGCAGUAUACUAUUAUUGUUGCUGGAUCUUGUGGGGACAAUUGAACCGAUUCAAAAAACGAAUCAACUCGAAACUGUACAAAAAAAAAAGCUGAAAAAAUAUUAUUUUUUAGCAAUACAGAUAGUAUACCAAGAUUUGUCUCAAUAUUAUUUAUGCCUAUCUUUCGAAGGGUUUGUAAAGCUACAUGAUUCAAUGAAUUGCAGUUUGAAACUUACUCAGGGUUGAUACGCAUCGAGAAAAUCUGUAAAACUAAGAACAAUCAGGAAAUUUCAUCCUUGUAAGGAAUUGGAUCAUUUUUACAGCUCAAUAUGAAAUAUGGUGUUACUUUUAUGGGAAUUUGAGGAAAAAUAUAAUAUAUCCAUUCGUAAAAAGUGAAUAGAUAGUAAGUUAUCUAUUGGGGGAUAUUGAUAGUAUUGUUACUUUUCAAAAUUGCCAAUAUUGAGCGGUAUAAUAUUCUCCAACUUCCUGCAGGAAUUCGAUCCUCAUGAAAAAAUACGUACCUGAAAAGAAUCUUCGAUUUCAAAAAGUGUAUGAACCCUGUUACAAUCCUAAAAAUUGAUUCAAAUUUUCAGCCAUCAAGUAUUUGAGAAUACUAAACUAAAAAAAUUAUUUAGAUAUUUGUUAUAUUGAUUUCUUAUUAGAAAUAUUAUUACACGAUAUCAAAAACUAGAAUAAACAGUACAUUUUUUACCAU